UUUGGGGGGAGGGGAGACAAAAACCAUACUGGCGCUCAGAACACGCCCUUUCACACUGCCUCAGUUGUGAAGGCUUGCGGAGAGUCGGAGACGAGUCUCGCCGUCGUGUUAUGCUCAAGGAGAACUCGAGUGGGUUGUUGUUCCUUGAGUGAGUGAGGACUAUGUCCAGGCGGGAUCACAAUGGCGGAGGCCGGAGCACUUGAAGAACUCCAGUCGGAACUCACCUGUCCGGUGUGUCUGGAGAUCUUCCGCGAGCCUGUCAUUCUCGAGUGCGGCCACCACUUCUGCCGGGUUUGCAUCGUUCAGUGCUGGGAGGCCAAGGCGGACGAGCAGUCCACUUGCCCCAAGUGCCGCAAAACCUGCGCCCGGAAGCUGCGGCCCAACUCGCUCCUGUGUAACGUGGUAGAGAGCGUCCGUCGAGCCAGGGCUAUGGACGCCGUCGCCGGGGGCGGGGCGCCCCAGGUACAGUCGGUGCCCGAUUGGGACCCCGAAGGUCUGCCGGACGAGCUGGAGGAGCGCGAGCCCGGCUCCAGCAUGAGCAGCGUCGCCUCGUCCGUCGGCCACUGGCCGCGCCUGUUUGGAAUGGAUAUGUGCGAGGAACACGAGGAGAAACUCAAGCUUUAUUGCGAGGACGACCAGCUGCCGAUUUGUCUGGUUUGUGGCAUGUCCCGGGACCACAAGACGCACAACGUCAUCCCCAUUAACGAGGCCUUUGACAACUACAAGGAUAAGCUUUCUGUGGCUCUGGAGAGAGUUCAGCAGCAGUCAAAGGAUGCCUCACUUUUUCAAAAAUGCACCAAUGAAAAAAUCCUUCUGAUUAAGGAACAAGCAGGGGAUCUGGUGGAAAUGGUGACCGCUGAGUUCGUCCGUCUGAGGGAAUUUCUCCAGGAGGAGGAGGAUCGCAUCAAGCAGAAACUGCAGAAGCAAAAGGAAGAGAAACUCAGUGAGCUGGAGCAGGCGCUCACGGAGGCCACGCAGCAAAUCAGCUGCCUGGAAAGCACUGCUGACCAGCUCCGCCUCAAACUGAUGGAGGAAGAAAACCCUGAGCAACUCAAGGGAAUUAAAGAUUUCAUUGGCGGGGCUGAGAGCUUGUUUGAGCGGCCGUCAGAUGUGAGUGUGGAUCUGCAGUCAGGAGAGUUUCUGGGACCUCUGCAGUACAGAACCUGGAGGAAAAUGAGCACAGUUUUUGAACCUGCUGUGACGGCAGUGUCACUGGAUCCGGACACAGCUUACCCCUGUCUGUGGGUUUCCCUAUGCCGUACCAGUGUCCAGGUUGGCAAUAUCCAGCCCAAUCUGCCCAACAACCCGGAACGCUUCACUCGCUACAACAUCGUCCUUGGCUCUGAGGCCUUUUCUUCAGGCAGACACUACUGGGAGGUGGAGGUGGGCUCCAAGACGGCGUGGGGUCUCGGCGUGGCUCGAGCUUCUGUCAACAGGAAGGAUGAGAUUGACCUCUGCCCCGAGGACGGUUUCUGGACUGUGGUACUGAGGGACAACGGAGAUGGCACCAGCCAAUAUGAAGCGUGUACAGACACAGAAGAGGAUAGCUUGUUAUACCCGAUCAGACCUCCAAGGCGGGUGGGGGUUUACCUGGACUGCGGCCGCGGCGAGGUGGCGUUUUAUGACGCCGGAGACAUGAGCCACCUGUUCACCUUCUAUGAUGCCAAAUUCAACGAGCCAGUUUACCCAUAUUUUAAUCCCUGGCCUAUUAUUAAAGGAUAUAACUGGGAGCCACUGACCAUUGUCACGCCUCACUGGGGAUAGAUUGGUAAGCACAUUUAGCUACAAGUUGUUGAAAUGUGUUUUCUGGGUAAAUGUAAUGGUGGUGAAAAAAGACCGCCGUAUAUUCGCCAGUGGGCAUUUGCAAAUUCUGCGAUUUUUGAGCGUGAACCUUAAAUCACAUUCCUUUUCUUGGGAUUGGUCAUAGUGUUUCUUUGACGCCAUCUGGUGGCACCUCGAAGAGCUUUGUGCCAUCUAUCGGAUUUUACAGUACAGUAUGUUUAGUAUAUAAAUGAUGUGCAGAUUUUCCUUAUUCACGGCAGGGCUAGGUCCCUAACCCCACGUAUAGUGUGAGUUCACUGUAACAUAGAUAGGUUAAAAAAAUACUAAAAGGAUGAUAGCAAAGAAAUAACCUCAAAGAACAAAAUAUAUUGUAUAUUUUUUAGAGAACCUUGUACCAAGCAGUGUGAAGAACCUCUUUGACUUUUGGGGCCACAAAAUGGCCCAAACUAAAUCUUUUUUGCAAGUGUCUGUAUCCUGGUGAUAGUGUAUGUAUUUGUGUGGUGCUGAACACAACCAUGUUCAAAAUUCAUUAAGUACUGCUUCCAUGAAAGCUUAACUUGAUCAACAUAAAACUCAAUGACACCAAAAUCAUAGCAGGCGUCAAGCAGCUAUUUGGUGGGCAAAUUCUAGGGCUCAUCCUUCUCAAAAGUCCUUUGAAAAAAAUCACUCAAAUGAGCUCUAAUGAUAAGAGACCAAAAUAAUGGUGAAUGUUGCAGGUUGGUAAGUAGAAUAUAGAAAAAAAAUCAAAAACAUUGCACAAGGAACACAUACAUUUGUGUGAAAACGUGUUUGCAGCCUAUGAGGUUUUCUUAAUUUUUUUUGCAUGUUUGUUCCAUUAAAUGUUUCUUAUUAUCAAAGAAAUGUCAACAUUAAUAACAGCACAAGCAAACACAAAACGCAGUUCUUAAAUGUUUUUAUUAUUAAGGGAGGAAAAAAAUCCAAAACUACAUGGCCCUGUGUAAAAAAAUGAUUGCCAUUCCUUACAACAUAACUGGUUUAUCAUACCCAAGUUCACUUUCUCUAGCCACACCCAGAACUGGUUCUCCCUAGACCUUUUCUCAAUCAAGAAAUCGCUAAAAAAGGACCUGCCGAUGAAAUGAAAUAGAACCCUCACCCUCGAAAGAGAUCAUGCCGAGAUCGAAAGAAAUUAGCAGCAAAGAAUAUAUAUGGAUGGAUGCAUAAUACAAAGCUUUAUUUCAAAUCUGCAUUUUAUGUUUACAGUACCUGUUUUGUCUUUGACUAAUAUUUAAAUUUGUCUGAUUAGAAACUGUGACGUGCAAAAUAAGAAAUCAGAAAGAGGCCAAACUCUUUGUCACAAAAUUAAAGGAUAAUAUCAGGAACGGCGUUUAGGAAUUAUUUCAGUGUAAUGUUUUACACUUGAUAAGUUUUUCAUUUUUAUUCUGCCAUCACAGUUAGCGACUGAUUAGCACAUCUGCAGUCAAAUCUGAGCUCGACUGUGUGGAUUUUGGAUAUUCUCCCCGUGCCUGCUUGGGUUUUUUCCAGGUAUUCUGGUUUCUUCCCACAUCCACAAAACGUGCAGGGUAGUUUAAUCGAAAAUUCGCCGUUGUGUUUAGUAUUACUGUGUUGUCAUAAUGCAUGACACAGAAGAGGCAAGAAACUAUAUAUAUAUAUAUAUAUAUAUAUAUAUAUAUAUAUAAUAGAUUAAUCCUACAGCUGUAAAUACUUCAUUUCCAGGUGAAUCAGAUGAUUCAAUGUGACCUUGAUCAAUAGCUUUCGUGCUUGUCGAGUCAACUGGAUAUCUGUCACCUGUGAUAUAAACAAAUAAAUAAUGAGAAGAACAUGUCUGACCUGAA